CUCCAAUGGUGUGCGCACGCGUGGAAAUUAGCACAAAUUAGCACAGAAGCCCACGUCCUGCCUCUGUAUCACGUUUUGCUUUAGGUUCCUACCUAAUUUCUUUCCCCAUGCUUUUUACCGUCUGUUGUCGUAGCUGGAAUUGGGACACCGCGCCGGGCGGUGCUGUCAAACGACGGUAACGGAGCUCGGAUGCAGUGCAAAAAGGCUUAAACAAUGACACAUUUUCUUACAUACACAUACUGCGCACUAUUUCCGCUCUUGUUCUCAUUUCGUCUCUAAACGGAUCUCGAUUCCAUUUUCUUCAGAUCGAGUGGAGUUGCUUCUGUAAUGUGACGGGAAAUCCACGGCUUUUGGAAACGCGAGCAGCAUCAGAGGAAAAAUGGUUCGGUAGAUGUUAGUUUUUUUUCAACCAGAGAAAAAUGGCAAGUCCUGAGAAGACCAUGGAUUCAUCAUGUGUUCCCAUAAGUGGCAGUCUAAGCACAAGCAGCAUGGAUAUGAGCAACAAGAACAGCCUCAGUAGCAGCACUGUUACAGGUACCAACAGCGUCAAGAACAGUAAUGAUAUGACUGAUACAACAACAGCAACACUGAAGCUCAAUGAGUGUAACAACAGCAACAAAACAAUUGAGAAUCUCAAGAAUGAGAAACCGGAGUACGGAAGCAUGAGUGGAAAGAGUAGCAUCAGCAGGGCCAGUUGCAGCAGUGGCGUGAGUGAUAGCAAUGAGAGCAUCUGCAGCAGUUUUAGCAGUGCAAUCAACAAGCCUCACAAGGCAAAUGAUUCAAGAUGGGAAGCCAUUCAGCUUGUCAAAAGCAGAGAUACAGUAUUGGGUCUGAGUCAUUUUCGGCUUCUCAAGCGUUUGGGAUGUGGGGAUAUUGGCAGUGUGUAUCUUGCAGAAUUGAGAGGAACUAAUUGUUAUUUUGCAAUGAAGGUAAUGGAUAAGGGGUCCCUAGCAAGCAGAAAAAAAUUGCUGAGAGCACAGACAGAGAGAGAGAUUCUGGCUUCUUUGGAUCACCCAUUCUUGCCAACUUUGUAUACCCAUUUUGAAACUGACAAGUUUUCUUGCUUGGUUAUGGAGUUUUGUAGCGGAGGCGAUCUUCAUACUCUCAGGCAGAGGCAGCCAAACAAGCAUUUUUCGGAAUCUGCUGCAAGGUUCUAUGCAUCUGAAGUACUUCUUUCUCUUGAGUACUUGCACAUGUUAGGAAUUGUUUACAGAGAUUUGAAGCCAGAAAAUGUUCUAGUAAGGGAGGAAGGUCAUAUUAUGCUUUCAGACUUUGAUCUAUCACUGAGGUGCGCUGUCAGUCCUACUCUAGUGAAGUCAACAUCAACAGACUUCGACCCUUCACGCAGGAUCCCUGCAUACUGUAUUCAACCAGCUUGUAUUGAGCCAUCAUGUGUGACGCCUGCUUGCAUACAGCCUUCAUGUUUUGUCCCACGCUUUUUACCUCAAAGGUCCAAGAAAAACAGAAAGCCAAAGAAUGAGAUAGGCAUUUCAGCAAAUCAUCUUCCAGAACUUAUGGCUGAGCCGACUAGUGCUCGGUCAAUGUCAUUUGUUGGUACUCAUGAAUAUCUAGCUCCUGAGAUUAUUAAAGGAGAGGGUCAUGGGAGCGCUGUUGACUGGUGGACAUUUGGUAUAUUCUUGUAUGAGUUGCUUCAUGGAAAGACACCUUUCAAGGGAUCAAGCAAUAGGGCCACUUUAUACAAUGUAGUUGGAAAUCCACUAAAGUUCCCUGACAUGCCCAGUGUCAGUUUUGCAGCUAGGGACUUGAUCAGAGGCUUACUUGUCAAAGACCCACAACACAGGUUAGCUUAUAAGAGGGGCGCUACAGAAAUCAAACAACAUCCAUUCUUUGAAGGCGUCAAUUGGGCCCUUAUUCGCAGCACAACUCCACCUGAAAUCCCCAAACCCUUUGACUUCGAGUUCACUGUAAACAGAACUAUGCCUAGCACUAAUUCUGCCCAGAAGAAAGUUGUAAAUUCAGAUGUCAAUUCUUCAAGCUCUUACCUUGAUUUUGAUUUUUUCUAAUAAGUUGGAUACGGAUCUGGUCAUCUGGUAUGUCCAUUGUUAUUGAUUUAAUGCACAGUAAACACUUUAGAAAACCCUCUUCAAAAGCUUGGUCUUUGGUCCCAACCACCAUUACAUCGAUUCUGAGACCGCAAAUCCAACUACUAUAGCUCCAUCUUAUAAAGUGAACCUAAAGGCACAUUAUCUAGCCAAGUGUAUCAUAUGGGCCUUAAUAGUUCAGACACAUUGAUCAAUAUCAGUUUUUGGGUAUGGCGGCAGAAAUGUUUCACAGUUAUUCUUGUUUGUACUUACCAAUGGGCGUGCUAAUUUAUGAAUAUGCUAAAGCAUGUAAAUACUAUGAUUUUCUGAAUGCAGAGAAAUGAAAAGCAAAGUGAUUGUUGUUUGAACGGAACAUUUCAGCCUAAAACUUGUAUACCAAAUUCAAACCCAUCAAGUAAAUGAUGUCUGAAGGUCUUGAGCUCUGUGCCAUUUGAGACUGCAUUUUGUUAUCUGUUUUGUAACCAGGAAAAAUGCAUGGACUGAUGAUUCCAGUUCAUUAAAACAACCAAUUUUCCCCUCUUAGGCAUACCUUUGUAUAAUCAUAUUUUGAAGCACAUUCAGAAAUAAUAUUGGCUUUUGGCCGUGUUUGUGUAAA